AUGCAUCAAUCCUCUAUCAACUCAGACUUUAUAAUACCAGGCGAACUAUUUGCACCGGCAAAUGUCCCCCCUUCCAGCUCCGACUUCGAUGACGCUAUUGGAACCGCCAUGGCCAACAUUCCCAAAUGGCAUGAGGUUGGCGUAAGCAAAUACAGAGAGAUGUGGAAAAAUGGCGAGUUCCCGGUCAAACCUGUUCGUCUCGACUGCGCCAGCAAUAUAUCUAUCCCUUCGCGUCAGUCGGAACGAGAUAUCACCUGCCGAUUAUUGAAACCACAGCCCGAAAACACGGUGAAGGGAGUCUUCAUGCACAUACACGGCGGAGGCUGGUGUAUGGGAAACGCCGAGGACCAGGAUUCGUGGCUUCAGAGCAUCGCUGAUGCUACCGGGCUGAUUAUCGUCAGCGUGGGAUACCGUCUUGCCCCAGAGCAUCCCGGGCCCGCGGGGGAUGAGGAUUGCUUCGACGUUGCGGAGUGGCUUAUACUCAACGCGCGAGACAGAUUCAAUGCUGAUUUAGCUUUCAUCGGCGGCGAGAGCGCUGGGGGACAUCUCAGCAUGCAGACUGCUCUAUACCUUCUCUCUCACGAGAAAGAAAAGAUCAAGAACUUCCAACUCACGGGGGGUCUGCUCUUGUUGUUUGGGUGCUACGAUCUCGGCUCUACACCUUCGCAGAUCCACCAUCGACUUGCCAUGGCCAGCGGCAAUGAUGCUGCAAAGGAACUCGAGCUUUCCCAUCUUUAUCGACCGGAUGUGCACGGCGAUGCCUGGAAGGAUCCCCGGAUAUCCCCCUUGUAUGCUGACCUGGAGGCGUACCGAAACGCAGAUAGGUGGAGCACUCGCCUGCCACCGGCUCUCUUCAUUGUCGGUACUAAAGAUUUUCUUCUGGAUGACACCAUUUUCAUGUCGGCAAAGUGGCAGAUGGCGGGCGGUCAGGCCAUAGUCAAGAUCUUUCCUGGAGCCCCACACGGGUUCAUCGCGUUUCCUCCAGAUCAGAUGCCAAGUGCCGAGUUGGGAAUGAACAGUUUGCUUGCUUUCAUAAAGUCCAGGGCAGGGUGA